UGGCGGAAACCACGUCACUGCUGCACGGCGCGAGACCAUGUGAGGGGGCAGUGACGACAGUUCACCACCCGCCUGCCCGCCCGCACGCCGCCCCCGUCAAUGGCGAACCCGAGGAGGGCCAUCGCGCUGCAAAUCCACACUCAGGCCCCGCCUAUCCCCGCCGCCGCAGCCUCGUCCUCCUCCUCCCUGCCGUCGUCGCUCCUCAACUUCCUCAAGCGGCCGGCGUCCUUCCCCUUCCUCCUCUCCCUCUUCGUCCUCCUCACCUGGAUCUCCCUCCGCUUCCACCAACCCGCCCCUACUUCCACUGCCUCCCUUCGGGGCCCCACCGUCGCGUUCGACCCCCAGGCCAACCUCGUCCGUUACCCCGCCGCUCUACAUCCCACCCCCAUCGCCGCCGACGCACGCGGAUGGCUCCUCGACCCUGUCGCCGCAGCCCACGACGCAGGCCUCCCUGGUGGGGCGCUUGUCUGUCUUAAACUACAUGUAGGACUGAUCCCUCCAGGUGGUUUGCGUGGCAACCAUCGUCACCAUACAUGCAAUGAAACGUUCGUCAUCUGGGGUGCAAAGACGAAAUUCAGGUUAGAAAAUGCUGAUAUAAAAGAUAAAGGAUAUGGAGAAGCCAUGAUUGCUGCUGAUGAGGUGGCCGUUGUUGCAAGUGCAAAAUCAACUGCACAUGCAUUGAUUAAUAUGGAUGUGCGACCAACCUUCUUCUUGGGAUGUCAAGAUACACCAGUAAACCCCAACAGUUCAAAUACUGACUACAAAGUCUGGAAAGAUCUCUGACAGUCACAUUGCUCCUAUGAUCUGAUGGUGAGUGAUCUUUGAAGGCUAAUACGAUGCAUUUAAACUGAAAUUAGCAGCGAGCCUUCAGAAAACACCUCUGUCACCAUUUGUAAAGAUCUCAAAGCAGUUUCUUGUGUAUAGUUGAGGGGACACUUCAGUUGGUUUACAUAGUUCUUUUGUGUGCCAUGCUUAGUUUUUGGUAGUAAAAGGCCUUAAGGGUGGUUAUUCUUGCUGCGACUGUUCUUUUCUCUUGCAUAUAAUCACUAGUACUUAAAGUCAGUGACCCCGGCCCCAUCUGUCAGUGACCAUAAAGUUUAAGUCCGGAAUCCAACUCGGUCAUGUACUCCUUUGCCUCGGCCAGAUAGUACCAGUUGCUCGAUAAUACUACGUUUUCUUUUCGUUU